CGGUCGCACGAAAAGAGCUCCCACUUGAGAAUCCCAUUUAGAAACGGUUUCGGUGUGGUUCGGUUUGGGGUUUGGAUCGGGCUCCAAGUUGCCAGUUCCCAGGAGCGGAAAUCGGAACAGUGCGGCGAAUUAAAUAAUAAAGUGGAAGCAAGCGAUCAAAGAAGGCGCUUCGGCUACGUAGGUGUACGUAGAACGCAGAUCGCGAGGUGGAGCCAGUGCAUCCGAAAGUGUUUCACCCAAAAGUGUUUCCAUUACCAUUGCAAUCCCUGAGAAUCGGAUCGCUUCAGAUGGGCAGCAUGCAAGUGGCGCUUUUGGCGCUGCUUGUUCUUGGCCGGCUAUCCUCCAAAGACGUGGCCAAUGGAUCCUCCCUAUAUACCUCAUCCACAUCGUCGUCUCAUCAACUGCAGAGACAGAAGCUGGCGCACUGGUUCAGGGAUAGUAACGACGUCAAGGAUAAGAUUUUGGAACUUCAGUGUUUGGCAAGGUGCGGAAGCAAUCCUUCAAACAAAGCUGGACGGGAACUGUGCCUGGACAAGUGCAUCCAGGAGCUGUUAUUGGGACCUAGAGCCGGCAGUUGUCCCAAAAUUGGAAGGCAGACUCGAGCAAGGCUUUCUUGCCUGGACAACUGUCAGUAUGAUCACGAAUGCCCCGAGGUACAGAAGUGUUGCGCAUCUAGUUGUGGACCCAUGUGCGUGGAACCUCUUGGCGUAAGGAACAACACGCAACUUCCUCCUAUACCUAAGAUCCUGUACUUUAGGAGGUCACGGGGUCAUGCCGUUGAUCUGAAAAUCGAGUCCUCGCUACUCGUCUACUACUUCCAUGUGGAGGUACGAUCACACAUAGGACGUCAUUUUUCAGAAAGAAAACUUGGACCUUGGCAAUGGCAGAAGGUGGAAAAGACCAUGGAGGAGAACAUCGGUCUUAGCAAGCACACGUACAUAUUCUUUCAUAUGCGACCAGGUCGAUGGUACGAAGUUCGAGUGGCUGCCGUUAACGCUUUUGGAUUCCGGGGAUAUUCAGAGCCAAGUGAUCCCUUUCCCUCAACGGGUAACCCAAAGCCUCCAAAGGCUCCCAACGAUUCAAAGAUCAUCGCUAAGCAGUUUGAUGGAGUCUUUAUGAAUGUUAAGCUGGUAUGGUGUCCUUCUAAGUCAAAUCUGCCCGUGGAGAAGUACAAGAUCAGUUGGUCCUUGUAUGUGAACAGCGCGAAGGCCUCAAUAGUUACCAUGGACUCCUAUGUUAAGGAUACCCACCAGUUCGAGAUCAAAGAACUGCUGCCCAACUCUUCGUACUAUAUCCAGGUGCAAGCCAUCUCCUACAUUGGCUCACGUCGCCUCAAGUCCGAAAAGCUAUCAAUGCUGUUCAACACAACGAUGCAGCCCUUAGAACCAAUCACACCACUUCAGUGCUCCGGGAAUGGCAAUAGACGCAGGCAUCAUCACAUUAGCAGCUCCAACAGCUUGGAACGGACCACGACCCCGGCGCCAUCUGGCCUAAAUGAAUUUUCACUCAAUGUUGCAAACCGGACAACGGCCGCCACGUAUGAAGUGGGUUUCCGGCUGAACCGGAAGUUCGGCAUGAUUGUGCAGAUUCUGGGCUUCCAGCCGCACAAGGAGAAGGUCUAUGAACUGUGUCCCCAGGAGACGAACUGCGAGCAGCGAGAGUUUCGCGCCAUUCGCGCCAAAAAGGACCCACUGGAGUUUAGCAAACUCAAGUACAACACCACCUAUGUGUUGAGGGUUCCGCGAUCCAGUCCUAAUUCCGUGCUGGACGACUCCAGGAAUGUCUUUACCUUCACCACGCCUAAAUGCGAAAACUUUCGCAAGAGAUUUCCCAAGCUGCAGAUCAAGUGCAGCGAUUAG